AUGUGCAGGGCGGGCUCGACCGCAAGCGGAGGCGCAAGGACGAGGCAGCACUGGGUCCUGCCCAGUCAGCAGCAGAAGCUGCCAAGAGGGUUCUCGACAAGAAGUGCUGCUGCUGAUGAAGCAGUGACAGCAGGGGCAGAGGAAGGGCCGCUCGCAGGGGGGUAUGGUGGAGCAGAAGCAGGCUUGGGUGGGGACGAGGCGUGGGGAGGAGAUGGCGCGCUGGGUGGGUAUGGUGAUGAGUCAACUACGUACGAUGCUGAGUCAGCAGGGCAUGGGGAAGGAGACAUGGGAGUGGGCCAUGAUGAGGAUUUGGAGCAUAGGGGAGUGGAUGGGGAGGAGGGUGAUAUGGAUGGUGCUGCUGGGUUGCAUAAUGGGGAAGGUGCAGGUGAUGGUCGUGGUGGUGAGGAUGGUGAGGAGGAGGAGGAGGAGGCAGCAGAGGCACAUGCAGCUGAUGGGGAAGAAACGGAAUACCAUGAUGUGAAUGGGGUGCAGUACCAUGUGGAAACGGGUGAGGAGCACUAUAACGAGGAUGGGGCAGGAGAGGCGGUAUGGGGAGGUGGGGGAGCGGAUCAGCUGUACGGUGCAGAUGGCAUUGACCCCGAUGACCAAUACAUGUUUUACUGA